CCCUGCCAGACAUCAUUCGGCGUUGUGUACCACUCCAUCGCGUGCCUAGGGGUGCUGUGGCGGAUUUUUGGCCCAGAGCCUCGGGCGCUUGUCUUUCAGCCGGUACGUGGCUGCGCAAGUCGACAUGGAGCCCUUCCAGUACCCCCCCGAGCCAGAGUACGUGUACAGCAUAAAGAACACUUGGGACAACUACUUCGUGGAGUAUUUCCCCUGGCUGGUCCGGGAGAUGUACAACAUCCUCCCCAUAUUGUUCUCGGACGUGCCAGCGGGACUUUGGCGCGAGAUAGCCAACAUGGGCGCGAUCGCCACCCCGAACAUCGGAGCGUCUUUCGCCGCCUCCUUCGCGAAGCUCACCUCCUACCUCUCCGAGGUGGACUACGACAUCGACAAGCUCGUUAACUUGAACUUCUGGUUGCGCGUGGUCCUGGCCUUCUUGGAAGGCUGGUUCUUCUUCUUCGUCGUGUGCCUCCAGAAGGUCCAGGACGACGCCGAGGCGGCGACCCAGCUGGUGGCCGCGCGCGUCGCGGACCUCGAGGGUGACCUCGGCCUCGGGGAGGACCUGGCUGGGGGCGGCGGCGGCGUCAUGGGCGAGGUGCGCGAGGGCCUCUUCGCGGACAUGGUCGGGUACGGCUGCCUGCGGGCCAACGACUGUAUAGGCGGCUUCGACCAGAAGUCCUCGGGCAAGGACAUGGAGCGCCCGGUUGCGCAGGAGGACGUCCUGGUGUUCGCUCAGGGCUACGCGAGGUUCCUUGAGCAGCUCUGGUUCGCCAAGAAGAGGAGCGUCUUGGAGGAGCUGUGCGAGAACUGCAGGAUGGGGGCGGAUGACGGCGCUCUCCAGGGCGUGAAUCUGAACGUGGGCCUGGUCCUCAGGCUGGGCACCGAGCUCGCCAAGAGGUACCCGGACUUCUUCAAAGGGGACCAGCGCUUCGCGUCCGCGGCCGUGGCCUUUGUGUCCGCGUUCCUGUACACCAUGCAGGAUGUUGACAUCGACCGCACGCACCUCUUCAACGACGUCCCGUCGUUCCCCGUGGGCGAGGAGUCGCCGGCGGCGAGGGACAUGGUGUACAAACCCUACCGCGCCAAGCUCAAGGAUUCCCAGGUGGAGAGGAACCCGCAGAUGUUCCAAACCGCAUGCGGGGCAACGCGGCAGCGGUGGGACAUUUACAGCAAGGAGCGGGAGCAGGAGAAUGAGUCGAUGAAGCUGGCUGACUCCGACGAAGAGCAGAAGCAGCAGCACGCCGAGAAGGUUGCGGCGGACGCGCAGUGGAAGGCGACGGUGGAGACGGAGCUGACCAAGUGGGUAAAAUGGGUGACGUUGCUUGGGGUAAUGCGGCAGCCUCUUCCCAACGUGACCACGUCGCGAGGUCUUUGUGGCCUUCCGCCAUUCAUAAUCGAGAGCCUGAUGCAGAAGAAGCCUGGAGACAGCAUCUUCUGGGCGGCGAUGUCCAGCACGACUCUGGACUCUAGCAUCUCCGAGAGCUACGCCAACCAGGCGGAGCCCGUCGACAGGAACAUACUCUUCACGAUCGAGAACAUCACCGAGGGCCUUGCCCUGCACUCGAUCAGCAUGUACCCGAAGGAGAAGGAGAUCCUGCUACCCCCCCUGACAUUGCUCAAGGUAAAGGAGGCGACUCCACCCGAGACCGACCCGCCGAAGCCCGGCAGGAUCGUGUGUGAGUUCGAUGGUUGCUACCUGACCGAUCGGCUGCAGCGGGCCUGCGAGGAGGACCUCGCGGAGUGCACGGCCCUCCUCGAGGCCGCGGCCAGGGCCAGCGCCGCGGAGCAGCGGCCCAAGAACGGCCUGAUCGGUAAAGCAACGGGAGCGAAGCCGGGCAAGGUCGCGCCCGCCUGAACAGAGGCCACAAGCGGCCCGGGCGAGGCCGGGCCCCUGGACGGGGCUAGACCCCCUCACCCUGCUAGUUCAUAUCUGCCGUCGCCUUUUUCUGCCCUGCUCGUCCUUGACUCCUCCCGCUGCGCACCAUACGCAU